AUGGUUGUAAUUGGCGCUUGGCGCACUUGCUCUGUGCAUUCAUUCUUCGGCGUCUGUUAUGGUCAAUACCCUUACGGCAUGCGGACCUUACAUAACGUCAUUAAGAGAAUACAAAGGAAAGACACUAUGCAUAACCUCCGCCUCCACAAGUUCCCCAUAUCUUCGGCCUCUUUCUCCAGCCCGUAA